UUUUUUUUUUUUUCUCAACACAAUGAAAUAUAAGUUUACUUUUAUUCUUCUUUUAUUGAUAGUAACAUUAGUAUUAGGUCAACAUACAACUAGUCCAAAGUUCUCUGUAAUUCCUCAACCUACAUCUAGUGGAGUUGUAUGUAUUCAAAUGGUAUGUCCUUCUGCUUCUGCUUCUUUACAACCUACUUGUCCUUCUGAUUGUCCUUCAAAUUGUAAGAUAAUUCCUGACCAAUGUUGUCCUCAAAUAUCUGUAGCUGUAUGUGACCAUAGUGCUACUUCUACUACUACUACUACUACUACUAUUCCUACAAGUGGGUCGUCAUCAUUAGCUACUAUUACAUCUUCAAGUACUCAAGGUCCUACUUCUACUUCUUCAACUCCUACUAAUAAUCCAAAUGAUGGAAUCACUUUACAACCACUUUUAUAUUAUAAAAGAGAAGAUUCUCAAGCUAAUCCACGACAAAUUCACUCGUCUCAAUCAAGAGCAAGAACAAGUAGAAGAACAUCAACAAAAGGUGUAGCUGGUACUAUGAUCUGUUCGAAAUGUGGUAGCCGAGGUCAUGCUGAUACCCUUUCCUCUCAUUGUCCAAUGCGCAAAAAACGGUCGCUUCCACUCCAAGAACAAACAAGCGACGUCUCACUGAAAAAGAAAAAGGAACACAACAAACGGCAGAAAAAAGAAGGCCAAUCAGAUUUGAAGAGAAAACAGUCUAAUCCUGAUUCCAUGAAAUGCAACAAAUACAUAUGUAUUGUUUAUUUGGAAACUCGAAUACAGUCUAUUGAUCAAGAUGAUGCAAAUACUUGUAAACGAAGAAGAUUUUGGUCCUCGAAAAAUCUGGUAUCAAAGGUGAACGAAUACAUUCAGGUCUGGUAUCGAAUCUUACGACGUUUGGAACAAGAAAAUGAAAGAGUGAUCACCACUGCAAAUCAUAAUGUUGCAAGCACUAUCAAACUUCCACAACAACCUCCACAACAACAAGAGGAACAUCGAAGUAGAUAUCAAAAAGCAGCAUUCGACUAUGAUGAUAACAAGAUCCCAGUUUUUAGUUAUUGGAAAUGGAGGAAACAAUCCGACGAUGCGUGGCCGUCCAACUGGGAUCUUUUACGUCCAAAGUGUGCUCAAAAUUAUUUUACCCCGACUAUCAAUCAAAAGCAAGUAGACAACAAUAUCACUCUUCUUGCUGUACAAGUCUGUACCGGUUGUAGUACAACAUGGAAUCGUGAUGUGAAUGCCUCAACCAACAACAACAACAACAACAACAACAAUAACAACAAUAACAACAAUAACAACAAUAACAACAAUAACAACAAUAACAACAAUAACAACAAUAACAACAAUAACAACAAUAACAACAAUAACAACAAGAAGAAGAAGAACUCCUGGUGUUUUUGUCCCAAUUCAAAGUGA